CACCUCCAUCUCUAUCUCCAUCUUUCCCAUCCUCGAUCGAUGGAGAUCUUGACCUGAUCCGAACUCGACCUCGGUCUUGCAUCAUCCUCUCCGUCGAUCUGGAUUCGUAGAAAUGGAGGCUCAGAGAAUAAAACUGCUACUGCUCCUCUGGUCAAGAACCCUAAGCACACGAGUAGCUCUUGUGGGUGGAAAUCACACCGCUUCUCGGUUCUGUACUCGCUAAUUCUCUUUCCCUCUAUCUCACCGGCCUCCUUCGAAUUCUCUCUCUCAUCUUUAUUAUUUAAUUAUCUUCCUACUCUCCAACAAUCUCACUUGAUUUGGCCCCGUUUUUACAUCUUCAAAUCGUGAUUCCUAACAGAAAAGGAAGGAAUGGAUUUGGAUUUGCCUCAUGGAUUUCGACCCAAGAACCAUUUCAGAAUGAAAAACUUCUACAGAGUAGCCACUGCCACUCCAUCUACCAAUAACCGGCUUCUAGUCAGACUACCCUGCCGAUUCUUACGUAUCAUCGCUCGCUCUAUUCUUUUUGCUUUGGUCAUCGCCACGUUCCCUUGGAUCGUAUCAGUGGUUAGAUCCACCAACACUGCUUACAUUCCUACUCGGCCACAGCCGGGCGAUGAUGCGUUCUUCCUACCCAUGCUUUUUGGAGACCUAUCAGACCUGGGUUUAUUUAAACCAGAUGAUCGUGCUGUCUACGUUGGCGAGGCGACCCACCACCGUCUCCGAUUCUUGAAAGAGAAAGAUAUGGAUGUGAUCUCUGAACGUGAUCUUGUACGACAGAGAUCAAUCCCCACUGCUACAUUCGACUUUAUGUUCGCUGAUGGCUUCUCCGCCGCAGGAUUCAUCGACCGCACCCUAAAGAACGAUGGCAUCGUAGCCAUCCAAAUGAGUGGCGAUCCUGUAGAAAACUUCCGUGUGCCCCUUAACUAUAAAAUCGUUUAUGUUCAACAGUUCGAAGCCACGGUUGUAGCGAUGCGGAAAAUUUGUAAGGCUGAUGAAGCGGCAUUGCACCCAACAACUAGCAAAAGGCUUUUAACUAACAGAAGGCUUUUGUCGAUCUCAUCUGAUUCUAGGAAAGCAGCACUCAAUAGCCUAGAAGAUGUGCUCUUAGAACCACCACGGACUUCUUCAAUGCGAUCAAAUGGCUACCUCAAAAAAACCAAGUAUCUGCCUGAUUUAACUGGUGAUUCACUAGAUGGGUAUCCACGUCGUGUUUUCAUUGACGUGGGUUUGUCUGGUAGAGGCAGUAGCACUAUGUGGUUUGAGCAGCAUUACCCGAAGAGAAACCGAGACUUUGAAAUUUACAAGAUGGAGAUUGUUUCAGAAGGGCAGGUGGUGUCAGCGGCGCCGCCGAUUGGGAUGUCGGAUUGGUUGAGGAUGAAUAUUAAGGAAGAUGAGUAUGUGGUUAUGAAGGCAGAAGCAGAGGCGGUAGAGGAGAUGUUGAAAAGUAGAGUUAUUUAUCUUGUAGAUGAGUUAUUCAUGGAAUGCAAGCACCAGGGCCAGAAAGGUAAGAAUAUGGAAAAGAGCAAGAGGGCAUAUUGGGAAUGCCUGGCUCUGUACGGCAAGCUUAGAGAUGAGGGCGUAGCUGUUCAUCAAUGGUGGGGUUGAGAAGAGAGUUUGUAUGUGUGAUGUGCGUGUGUGCUUAAGAGAGGAAGUGAUAGCAUGUUUCAAAUGCAUGCAUGUAAAACAAGGUGAUGGGAGUUGUGAUUGAGGUCUUAUAGGUUUUUUUUUUUUUUUUUUUUUAAAUCGUACUUAUAUUUAUUUAUUGUAGUAGGGAUUGUGGGUGAGUUUGGAUGGAGAUAUUUUAUGAGAUUCCCACUAAUGUUAUUAACAUUAGCAUUGAUGUUUUAGACACCAAUUAUUUUUUAGUUAUAAUCUUUCUAAUGUAUCAUCUGCUUAUGUUUAUGGUGCAUUUAAAUUUAAAUGUAAUGCUGGCCAUUUGGC